AUGCUGAACCCAUUCCAAAUAGACGCAGCAACUAUUGCAAGUGCCAGCGAGCGUCUGAUCGAGCUUCUCGAUCAAGCACUUUCGGACGGACAUCAGUGCCUGGGCUCGGAACCGAAUAUCCUCGCACUCGAGGCAUAUUCGCCCCAUGCUUUGAAGGCUUUCGUCUCAUCUGCUAAUCGGGGUGUCGAUGCCGCGUGGCGCUCCUAUCUACAAAGACGCAAAGCAGGAGGUCACCGAGAGUUGUUGCUCACGCGUGAGCAUGCUGAGUACUGGCUAGAACGUGCAGCCCCAGUCAAACUUAUUGAUGGCGCCUGGCUCUCCAGGAUUCACCAUAGAAGGACAGCAUGCGAGCUAAGGCCAAUUACCCGCAUCGCAUGGCAAAUCCUCUCCGAGGAGCUAGGAGAUGGAGACUUGAAGAAAAAUCAUGUCCAUCUGUACUCGAAAUUGCUUCGCAGCUUCGGCUUAUCCUUGCCAGCCGGGGACGCGGCCGAAUUCAUUGAUGCUAAAGCCAAUCCGAACGAUGAUCCCGACAUUUGGGCCGCAGCCGUUGCGCAACUCGCUCUUGGAAUGUUUCCGGACGAAUUCCUUGCAGAAGUAAUGGGCUUCAACCUGGCAUACGAAGCCGUUGCUUUCGAUACCUUACUUGCAGCUCAUGAGCUCAAAGAAUUAGACUUGGAUCCCAGCUACUUCAAUCUUCAUAUUACAAUCGACAACGCGGACAGUGGACAUACCGCUAUGGCCUUGGAUGCCGUUCUCAAGUUUCUUGAGGUCGGCGAGCCCUGCACUCGGGAGCGGAAUUGGCGAGGUGUCAAAGCCGGGUAUCUUCUUGCCACGAUGAUACGCUCAUCACCAUCCAUCCCUAACGUGGCUGAUAAGCAAGUCCUGGAUAUUUUUUCGCGCAAACGAGAAGCUAGCAAUGCAGCUCAUCAAUCCUGCCGUGCAGUGAUAGGAGGUCUCCGAGGUAUGAACGUCUCCGCCUGGAUGCAUAGCGAUGGCUGGGAACGUCGCAAAUAUCGAUUUCUUCAGAUACUGGCCACAUCGUCGUGGGUUGUCCCUGGAGAUCCAGAUAAGAGCCGUUUGUUCGCAGAAUUGGGGUGGAAGGGGCGCAUGUUCGGCGCAUUCACAGUCCAGGAGAGGAAGGCCAUUGCGGAAUGGAUUAGCAGCCUCGAGACUUCCAAGGAGCCAUCCAGAGUAGUCGUCUUAUGGAGGAACUUCACGAUGCGCACUCCCCAGUCUAACGCAGCCUCGAACGUGGUGAUGACCUUCCAGAGACCCGAGCACACCAUGGGCAUGCACUCGACUUUGGCUGCUUUCGGCACGAUCGUCCUUGAUGGGCCAAUCAGUCGUCGGAUACUUGCAACAUCACUUUGGUGCAGCCUUAUUCCUCUCGAACAUGCUUUUGUAUGUCCUGCUAGAGCUGCAUCUCACGAGAUGAUGAGAGCUCUACGAGUACUGCGGCUGUUGAACGGUUUCUCUGCCGACAUCUCCAAUGCCGUCGAUGGCAUGGACGAGGUGUAUCGCCCGUCUCGUUGUAGCGUAUUCAGCCUGGUGACUCGUCUGGAGAAUGCCAAUGUAAUCUUGGAAGAAUUCGACCGGUCAAGAGCGAUGUGGGAAUGGCUGGAAAGGGCUGCGCAAGAUUUCAAAUCAAACCACUGGUUUCUGCUUGGAAGUCAGUAUUGCUUUGUCCUCAACCUAUUCACGAAUGGGCACCUACUCCAGAGAUCUGGGAUCUACAAAGAAAUGAUAGAUGAUUUGGGGGCCCUUGGAAGCAACAUCUUGCAACAGAUGUCAGACCUACAGUCAGGAGAGAGGCGAGAGUGCCAGCUUGGGUACUCAUUCGUUUCGCAGACUUUGCAGAAGAUCUCCGAGACAUAA